AUGGAAAGUCCCCACGAGCAUCAGCAGACGGUGCUGCUUUCUCGCAUCAUCACCAACGUUGAGAAGCUCAAUGAAGCCAUUAUGGUCAUGAACAAAGGUCUCCAGGAAGUCAACAUCCAGAACAUGAAUGUUGAGCUCGUGGCGCAGAUGUUCAAGAAUUACCAGUCUAAUGUUCUCUUCCACCUUGAAGCCACGGAGAACCUCCAAGACCCAUCCUAA